CGACGCAGCAAAACUGGAGAAGUUGUGUACAAAGACUCCUUUGGUUCCCACGUGGCUGGCAUAGUCCAGGCCGACUACAGGGGAGACGGGAACGUGGAGCUCAUCUGCUGCAGUGUGGACGGAGAGGUUCGCGGAUAUCUCUCCGCCUCGACAGUCCAGCCGGGCGGGGUGGGCGGGGCAGGGAGGGAGGAGUGGGCGGGGCAGGACCACUGGAAACAGCUGGAGAGUCUUGCCCAGAGGAAGCAGAACCUUCUACUGGAGCUGAGAAACUUCGAGGCCUCAGAAAAGGUGUCGCGGUCAAAGGACCCCCUGAGUGAAAUUUCCCAGGGGGGGCAGCCGAUGGGGGUCAUUCCAGCCGGGACUCUGUUGAGGACAGAGUUCAGUGCCUUCUUGCCCGACGGGGGAGGAGGAGGUGGAGGAGGAGGGGGCAAGCUAGCCCCUCAUAUAGAGCUGUCUGUUGAAGCAACCAAUGAUACUGUAAUCAGAGCAGUUGUCAUAUUUGCCGAAGGACUGUUUGAAGGAGAGAGUCACAUUAUUCACCCACCCAGUGGUAAACUCGGAAGCUGUGUCAAAGUCCCUCUCCUUCCCGACAAGGACCUGGCAGUAGACCUCAGUAUACAGGCCUUUGUCGGGCACCCUACAAGUACCCAGUUCCAUGUCUUUGAGGCCACACGUCGCCUCCCGCAGUUCUCACUCUACAUCCCGUGUCCCCUAGCAACGGAGCCACACCCCCAGGGCAGGGUGGCCUUCAACGUACCAGAGAGAUUGGAAACUGUGACUGGUUGGCUGAACGAUAGUUUCAUGUACGGAGCAGGAGAGGAUUCGGUUCUGACUCCAUACCUCCACGUGGCCUUCCUCUCCCUCCGCUCAUCCUUCCCUCUCAUCCUCUCCUUCAAACCUGCACAGAAUGGAGCUUUCACCAUAGAGACAGAUGAUUUGGACCUGGCGGGGGACAUAAUCCAGAGUCUGGCCUCAUACGUUGGUCUCACUGAUCUCUCAGUCACUGCCUCAUUCCCUCAACAGAUGAAGGAGCUUCGUGACGUGUUGGAGCAGGUGGAGGAGUUGCACAAGAUCAGGCAGAAGUUGAGCGCAGAAAUGGCCGACAACUCGGCCCUCAUCAGGAAUCUAGUCGUGCGAGCAGAGGAUGCCAGAAUAAUGAACGACAUGGGUAACAUGAAGAAGGCUUACUUCCAGCUGUAUGAGCUAAACAAGGACCUGAUGCUGGGCUACAACAUUCGCAGCAACAACCACCUGGAGUUGCUGGAGUGUCUCAGGAUUGUCAAUCAAGCCAUUCAAAAGACUGGUAACCUGAGAGUUGGAAAGCCCAAGGCCCAGCUGAUUGCUGCCUGCCGUGCGGCCAUAAAGAACAAAGACAAUGACACUCUCAUCAAAACAAUGAUGAACGGAGCUUCCUAGUUCCUCUAUAGUCCUCUUUAAACUUUACACUGGUUACCCGAUCACUUUUUAUGUUUACUAAGGCUACAAGAGGUUACAUUGAGAUGUCACACCAUUGGAUGGUGAAGUGGAAGCCUUACUCAUGAAUGGAAAAAUAAUUAUGUCUGUAGUGUAUAAAGGAGAUACUUUGACACUUAAUGCACACAAGAACACCCACACUUUGCAU